UUGUCCUCCUAUUCCGUCCGAUUCCCCCUUUGCUUUGCUGUGCUGUGCUUGCCAGAAAGAACAAGGGCGAAUCGGAUCCGGAAGAAAGAAAGCCCGCCCGUCCGUCCGCAGAUAGAUCUCAUCAUCAUCAUAAAUAUAAAGAUACGACCUUCUUGGCCUGCCCCCUCCCUGUUACCUACCUCGUCGAUCUAUCGGCGUGGCUCUUCUUGUUGAGUGUUGCAGGACGGACGAGCCAGCGAUUGGAUUGGAUUGGAUUGGAUUGGAUUUUGGCCAUGUAUGAUAACUACAGAAAUCCCCAUCCUCCCGGGAUGCAGAUGCCCCCACCAAACCCUCAGCCUGGCCCAUAUGACAAUCCAUUAUAUGGCGCAAGCUCAGGCCUGAUUAAAACUGGGUUAGGAGUAUAUGGGGAGAAGUUCCUCGGCUCCAGUUCAGAAUUCAUGCAGAGCAAUAUCAGUAGAUACUUCUCCAACCCACAGUACUACUUCCAUGUGAAUGAUCAGUAUGUCAGGAACAAGUUGAAAGUCAUACUGUUCCCGUUCCUUCACAGGGGGCACUGGACCCGGAUAAGUGAGCCUGUUGGUGGCCGGUUGUCAUACAAACCUCCAAUGUACGACAUAAAUGCGCCAGAUCUGUACAUCCCUUUCAUGGCGUUUGGUACCUUCAUUAUUCUUGCAGGCUUCACACUGGGCUUCAUGGGAAAGUUCACUCCAGAAGCCAUAAACCUUCAGUUCACAAGAGGGCUGAUCGGAUGGGGCCUACAGAUCGUGUUCCUGAAAGGGCUCCUCUACUCGAUGGGCGGUGGCGAGGUGCCGCUGCUCGACCUGGUAGCCUACAGUGGGUACCUGUUCGCAGGGCUCUCCCUGGCCAUCGUCGCUCGGCUCCUAUGGGCCUACUCAUACUACGUGAUGAUGCCGUGGAUGAGCCUGUGCAUGGGGAUUUUUUUGGUGAGGACGAUGAAGCGGGUGAUCUUCACGGAGAUGCGGGGCAGCGAGAGGCACUCGACGCGGCAGCACUACUUCCUGCUCUUCAUGGCCAUCGUGCAGUUCCCCCUCUUCUUCUGGCUCGGCAGCAUAGGCGCAUGAGAUAGUCUUCUCUGUAAAUUUGGCACUAGAAAAAGCAACCACCUGUGAAGCUUAGGCACAUCCAGUAGCUUGUGCAGGCUCUCUGAGCAUCAUCAUAUAUGUUUUGUUGACAGGGGUUUUUGUGUUUGGUUUUGUAUAAAGUUGUGAAUUUUGCAGUCGGUCACCAUUUUGUAGUAUGUUUGUUGGAAUGGUCUCAAGUAUAUUCAUAUACAUUGUUUAUGUUAUAUAUGUUUC